AUGAACGUUGAGGAUGAUGGAAUAGCUGUGGACCCGCCUACGUUGGAGGACGUGGAAAAAGCCGUAAAGGAGCUCAAGAACGCGAAAUCCGCGGGAAAGGACGGACUUCCGGCCGAACUUUUCAAGCACGGGAGCGCGCGGAUGACCGAGAUUCUGCACCAAAUCGUCCAGCGAAUUUGGUGCGAAGAACAGCUUCCGACCGACUGGUUAGACGGGCUCAUCACCCCAAUCUACAAGAAAGGGCAAAGACUCGAUUGUACCAACUAUCGAGGCAUCACAAUCCUCAACUCAGCGUACAAAGUACUAUCCCGAAUCCUGUGGAGCAAGCUGAGACCCUUGACCGAGACCUUUGUCGGCGAAUACCAGUGCGGUUUUCGAGCGGGUCGGUCAACGACGGAUCAGAUGUUCACUCUGCGACAAAUCCUCGACAAGUUCCGGGAGUACAACCUGCAAACACACCAUUUGUUCAUCGACUUCAAGGCGGCGUACGAUUCAGUCAAAAGAAACGAACUUUGGAAAAUUAUGCUAGAACACGGCUUUCCGGCGAAGCUAAUUAGACUGAUUCGUGCAACGCUCGACGGAGCAAAAUCAAGCGUGCGAAUAGCUAACGAGACAUCUGAAGCUUUCGUUACGUUGGAUGGAUUGAAGCAGGGCGAUGCUCUCUCGAACUUACUGUUCAUCAUAGCGUUGGAGGGUGCUGCUCGAAGGGCAGGCGUGCAAAGAAACGGAACACUCAUCACUAAAUCGCACAUGCUGCUUGGAUACGCUGACGACAUCGACAUCAUUGGUAUCGACCGUCGGUCAGUGGAGGAGGCGUUCGUCCCUUUCAAGCGGGAAGCUGCGAAGAUCGGACUGACCAUCAACACUGCCAAGACCAAGUAUCUGGUUGCUGGCAGAGCGCGUGGCAGUGCAGGUGAUGGUGUUUCGGAGGUGGAAAUAGAUGGAGAAAGAUAUGAGGUGGUGGAUGAAUUUGUAUAUCUUGGUACACUUGUGACGUGCGACAACGAUGUGAGCUGCGAAGUGAAACGGCGGAUUAGUGCUGCAAACAGGGCCUUCUACGGUCUUCGUAGCCAGCUAAGGUCCCGCAGCCUAAGGACGCCUACGAAAAUCACGCUGUACAGGACCUUGAUACUCCCUGUAGCUCUUUACGGUCACGAGUCGUGGACGCUAAAGGAGGCUGACCAGAGAGCACUUGGGGUCUUCGAGCGGAGAAUCCUGCGUACUAUCUUCGGCGGCAAGCAAGUAGGAGACCGGUGGCGCAGGCGCAUGAACUUCGAGCUGUACCAAGACUACAAACAUGCUGAUAUCGUAAAAGUCAUCAAGCACGACAGGCUGAAGUGGGCUGGACAUGUAGCCAGAAUGUCGGACGAGCGGGCGGCUAAAACGAUAUUCAGCAGCGAACCCGGACGGGGUCGUCGGCUUCGUGGAAGGCCUCGUACGCGUUGGCUGUGUGCAGUCGACGAAGAUGCAAGAGCGGCCAACAUUGUGGGCGACUGGAGACGAGCGGCCCAAGAUCGAGCAUCCUGGAAAUCUUCGAUUAGUUCAGCGUUGGGUCGAUAG